AUGGCACCAGCAAGAAGACGCGAGAAGAGCGCGGCGGCUGUAAAGAAGCCAGCACCAGGCUCCAAACCGAAGAAGAGCGGAAGAAAAGAGCCGGCAGUUCAACCCGCUCCAGAGCCCCGUGUACUACCACCAGCCCCGGCUAACAUGGACACGCCGUGGGUCGAGGUGGCCAGAAGAAAGAAGAAGGGGAAGUCGACAGCAGCGCCAACAUCCAGCGCGCAGCCGCCGAAACCGACGCGCCAAAAGGAACCAAAACUGCGACCGCCACGUUCUGCGGCCGUGGUAAUCUCGCUGACGCCGGCAGCAGUGGCAAAGGGGAUGACGUACAAGGGCGUCCUCACGGACGCACAGAACCGCGUGGACCUCACCGGAUUGGAUAUCUCGAGGCUAAAGCCGAAGUUCACGGCCACGGGCGCCCCCAUAUUGCCUACUCCGGUUCCGUCCGGAGAGGCGGUGGUCGGUGGGCGUAAGCCCAACGACGUAGACGAUGUAGAGGGGAGUGUGGCUGAAAGGCCAAUGGAGGGAGUGGCCGGAACAUCCGGGGCCACAAUCACAGACGUAGAUUCAGAGUCGAGCGGAAGUGUCUCUUCCGUCCGGAGCAGGAGGCUCUGGAGGAGGCAUUCCCGCUCGAUUGACAGUGUGUCACUACACUUCACUAGUGACACUGACGAGCCGGCGCCGAAGACACUAGCAACCGACGGCCGAGGGAGAGGGCGUCCUCCCUCGGUCGGUAAAUACGCCGGGCUUAAGAAGGCGCAGAAAGAACGCGACCGCCUGAAGCGAGAGGAGGCGCGAAGAAAGGCCACCGAAGAACUGGAUGAGCGACUUCGCCACGUAAAAUCGCCAUUACCUCCCAGGGCCGACGCGGACGAGGACCGCCCCGUCCUUAAGGAGGACCUUAGAGAGUGUGGGCAGAUUGUGCGGGCAAUCGUAAGGAAAUCGGGCAAUUUGAAGGGAACUUCACAGAAGGCCCUAAACCGGGUGAUCAACCUCAUCAUCCGGUACGUGGAGCAGCCCGAGUCUGCCGCGAUAGCCCGCCCUCGAAGAGGAAAAGAAAAAAGGCUAAGGAGGAAAGCGCCCGCCCUCGAAGCUACCGUCAAAGGGCUGCAAGAAGAGAACGCCUCGCUCCGCCGCAGAAGAAUUGUGGGCAAUGGUCGGAGGCUAGGAGUCCAGGCCAGGGUGGAGUCGGCCCUGAUGGGGCCAGCCCAGAGGCCCACUCUGGCCCACGAAAAGAAGGCCGCCCCCGGGGACACGCAGCUCCCUGUGACGAGCGGCUUCGUAGGAGGGGCGCCUAACAACGGCAAACCGGCGAAGAACAAGGGGAAGGGGAAGGCGAAAGGACCAGCCGAACCAGCUCCGCCCCUCUCCGCUCCUGCGACUGGGCCCACUAGCGCGCCGCCAACAGCUGUCCCUGGUCCUUCCAGGGCCCCGGCAAAAACAGGGGGAAAGAAGAAAAAGACGAAGAAGGACACGCCAGCACAAGCCGCUCCGGAGCCCCGCCCGCUGCCGCCGGCUCCGACCUCGAUGGAAACGCCGUGGGUCGUGGUGGCCAAAAAGAACAGAAAGAAGAAGGAAAGGCCCGCUCCGACAUCAGCGGCAAACACGCAACCGCCACAAUCAACACGUCGGGCGGAGCCAAAACUGCGGCCACCACGCUCUGCGGCCGUAAUAAUAUCUCUUACACCGGCGGCGGUGGCGAAAGGCAUGACGUAUAAGGGCGUGCUGACAGACGCACAGAACCGGGUAGACCUCACCGGCCUGGACAUUACCAGGCUGAGACCGAAGUUUGCGGCCACGGGCGCCCCAAUGUACGAGGUGCCCGGGGCUAACUCAGAAGAGAGGGCCGACUCCCUCGCCGCAAGGCUGAGGGAGUGCUUCCGCGGGUCGGAAGAUAUCAGAACAACCCGGCCCACGAAGACCGUGGAACUGCGGCUAAGUGAGCUGGACUAUACAGCCACUCCCCAAGGCCGGUGA